GUAGGCUAGAUCCGUCGAUCCCGAGAGUAGAAACUAGCGAUCAUCGAUCAAGAAGCAAAACGUAGAGAUCUGCCGGCGAGAGAUCGAUGGCUCACGGCGGCUUCCUGUCGGUGGACCUGGGACACCCGUUCCUGAACCGCACAGCGGACGGCUUCCUCAAGGUCGGCGCCGUCGGUGCCUGUAAGGUCGCCGCCGAGGAGACCUUCCACUGCCUACACAAAGGGGACGUCUCAAAGCACAAAGUUGAGAACGCGCUGAAGAAGAUGUGCAAGGAAGGCGCAUAUUGGGGCAGUGUUGCCGGGGUGUACGUGGGCGUAGAGUACGGCGUCGACAGGAUCCGUGGCCACAGGGACUGGAAGAAUGCGAUGAUCGGCGGUGCCGUGACCGGAGCCCUGGUGUCGGCGGUGAACAGCAACGACAGGAACCACGUCGUCGGGAACGCCAUCACAGGGGCGGCCAUCGCCACCGCCGCCCACUACCUGCAUCACCUCACUUGAUUAACCAUUAGAUAAUCCGUACAUUAUCACUACUGUUCGUCCUAGUUCUCGCACUUGAGUCUGAACUCUGAAUACCUUUUCCAACUGUAUUUCUUUUCAGAGAUUUCCAUUUUCACCCUCUAGUUUGAUAUUUGUAACGUUACUUCACCCCCAUUGAGCAGUUUUUACAGUAUUGUAAGAACUAGCUCAGUUUUCGGUAAAUGGGGUAAUCCUGAUG